AUGGCAUCUCUUGACAGGGUAAAAGUACUGGUACUGGGAGAUUCUGGCGUUGGCAAAUCGUCCCUAGUCCAUUUACUAUGUCAGAACCAAGUGUUGGGAAAUCCGUCGUGGACUGUUGGCUGCUCCGUGGACGUCAGGGUCCAUGACUACAAGGAAGGAACGCCUGAAGAGAAGACCUACUACAUUGAAUUGUGGGAUGUUGGAGGCUCUGUUGGGAGUGCCAGUAGCGUUAAAAGCACCAGAGCAGUGUUUUACAACUCUGUUAACGGCAUUAUUUUAGUCCAUGAUUUGACAAACAAGAAAUCUUCUCAAAACCUGUACCGCUGGUCACUGGAGGCACUGAACAAAGAUUCAUCUCCAACUGGGGUCAUCGUGUCUAAUGGAGAUUACGACCGUGAACAGUUUGCCGAGAACCCUGUACCCCUCCUGCUUAUCGGUACCAAGUACGAUCAGAUCCCCGAGAACAAGCGUAAUGAAGUCCUGACCCGCACUGCCUUCCUGUCUGAGGACUUCAACGCAGAGGAGAUCAACCUGGACUGCACUAAUCCACGGUAUUUGGCAGCAGGCUCAUCUAAUGCAGUUAAACUGAGCAGAUUCUUUGACAAGGUAAUAGAGAAAAGAUACUUCACACGGGACCCAAGCCAGAUGACAGGUUUUACAGACAGGAAGCGCUUCAACUUCAAGAGCCUUCACUAUGACUGAGCAACUGCAAAACAUGGCAGCACUCUGCGGUUUGAGGGUGACUUGUUAAGACGCCUAGACAAGAAAUAC